GUAUAGCACUACGUCCGUUCGGUCUCUCCUUAAUAUAUCUGCUAUUGUAUUUAUUAGCACCGUUACCCCAGGUUCCAGACUCUCAAACGUUUAGCGGAAUAAGGGGUAAAUACCUCCUCCUAAAUGUGGUGGUGUCAGUUAUACUGUUGUUGGCGCAUGCUGCAUGGCACAGUGCUUUGGCAGCCUUCGCGCCCUAUGGCUCUCUGCUUGAUGAGUACCCUAUCAUACAAAAGAUCGGGCACAAUUUGGGGUUGGUUUCUUAUGCUGGAGUAGAUCCUUUAAUGGCCGUCCAUUAUUUAGCACCUGAGCUAGUUAUGACAAGCGUAUCCUUGGUGGUAUACUUAGUGGUUAAAAAAUUGGUAACCGGGCCUACGCCUGAUAGCCUGAAGAAAGAUUCUAAACAUCAGCGGUAUCCACUUCUUACAAGCGCUGGUAAAUAUUUGUCGCUAUUCCUCAUAAUGUUCUCGGGUAUUAUGAGGCCAAGUGUUACCUCCGGGAUAUAUUUCCUGGUGUUUAUGGGCGCAGCAACCGCGUGGGCGCUUGGUCGCCCUCUUGAGCGCGGUUUUGCGGUUGUCGGCCGCUGCCUGAUGGCCAUUAUGUCCAUCCAUGUACUGCUUCUCAUCGUAUACCAGUGUUCUUGGCUUAUCGCUAUUUACCCACCUGAUAUGGAUCUCGCUAGGUACUUCGGUCUCACAAAAUUGGUAGUAAUAAACGAUACAGACCCCAUGAAUUUUAGAUAUGAAGUAACAGAUGACCAUAUGUGGGCUACACUGGCGAGUCCAUUAGUUAUACUAUUCACGUAUUUUGUUCUCGCAAUAGAGACGCGAGAACUAUUCAAGCCAAAGGCGAAAAAAAAGAGCGCAUUGACGGGGAUAGAGGCCGGCAAGCUGAACGGAUCGCUGGUGCGAGGCAUGUCGUUCCACCGCGGCAGCCGCCGUGCCACCAGAGACAAGUGGAUGAAUGCCACUAAGAAAGUUCGACUAAUGCGCAACAUCAGCCCCAACAAGCGGUGGUCAAGCAUUCGCUCCGGAUCGGUUACGAGGCAGCUACACCAGGACUCCACCGGCUCUGUGGUCGUACCUGAUGAAGAGUCAGUGAUGGAAACUGAGGAACCAACCCUAAUAGAUGACAUAAUUGCUGCCGUCAUAGAUUUCUUUCAAGUUCUAGUCAGAUCGUCGUACAUAGCGACUACGAUCACCAUGAUGGCGUGGAGUAUAAUGUUCCACUCGUGGCUGACGUUCGUGUUCCUGAUGUGGGCAAACAUCGUUUGGUUGUGUCAGGAUCAACGCUCCUUCAUGCUAAAGACCAGCCCCGUACUAGUAUGUUACGCAAUGCUGCUGUUACUCGCACAGUAUAUAUACGGCAUGAAUCUCACUGAAGCUGAGUUGCCGUCGAAUAUUACGGAGGUGAAUCUGUGGCAGAUAGGUCUAGGCCGCAGUGAGGGGGAGCCGUGUGUACCGUUGCUGAUCAAAUCGCUGUUCACGUGCAUGUUCUGGGUGACACUGCGUCAGCGCGUGCAGGAAUUACGCCAACGUCGCCAGUCGGCCGUCAUCACCGACAUGGCCGCGCCGCUACAACUCACUGUUUCCACCGCUGCCAGUGUAAUGGAAGCCCAACGCGAAGAAGAGUCUCGUUCGCGUCUACUGCGUGCGCUCGGCGAAUGGUUGCGGGCAGCCUGCGCGCGUUACUGGAUCUACGUUGUCGUCAUUAUGCUGUUUGUUAUUGGAGUCACUGGCGACCGGAUGACCAUCUUCCGCAUCAUAUAUAUGUUCCUGUUCCUCGUAUUUAUACUCAUGUUCCAGAUAAGUUGGUACUGGUGGCGGCGGCUGAUGUACGUUUUCUGGAUAACUGUCAUUAUUUAUUCGAUGAUAAAUCUAAUACUCAUAUACAUAUAUCAGUUCGACAACUUCUCCAAAACUAUAGAGGCUUAUCUUAUGAUUAAUGAAAGACUGCAACAUGAUUUGGGCUUGGAACCCUAUCAUCCGGCAGACUUAUUUGUGAAACUGCUUACACCUACUUUGUUCCUUAUUAUCACGAUAAUGCAGGUGCACUACUUCCAUAAAGACUUUAUGGCGUUAUCGGAUCCGAAAACGAGAACAAACAGUAUAGCCAAAGAUGUUGAAUCUAGUAGGCCUAGUCAAGCCGGUGCUUCUACUAUGAAAGAUGAUCUACCUCAACUACCUCUUGAAGAAGAGCAGGCUCGGUCGGCGGAGGGUGAUGACAGGAGCAUCACAGAAGCUGAACAAUCUAUGGAUGUGUCUUCAAUAAAUACUGCCGCUAGACGGUCAUUGCAUAGGAAAGCGUCUCGUUCGUAUGCUGUGUCAGACAGGACUGCCGGUGAUGGUGAGGACCGAUCAGGUUGGCGACGGUGGAUCACCGCGCACUAUGCGGACGCGCGACUUCUGCUACACGCAUUCGCCGACAGACUAUUUAUCUACCUCGACAUACACCUAGUCAAGAUCAUAUUCUUAGCGCUCAUGCUUCUCAGCGUAUUCAAUGUAUGUGCUAUGCACGUGCCAAUAAUGCUGAUAAUCUGCCCAGCACUUUGGCUAAGCGCAAGGAAACAACGGUUUUGCGUGCUGCUUAUAUCAACUCUCAUCAGCAUCUAUCUUAUGGCGAAAAUGGUGUACCAGAUCGAGUACAUCAAACAUGAUUAUUUCAACGUCAAUUGCACUACGGUGACUGAGAACGACACUAUUAAAAAUAUAACGUAUAACAACGCGGAGUGGGUUGGCUUCUUAAAGGCUAGACAUACUCGUCCUCUGGUUGUAUUACUUAAAGGAUAUAUCGGCCUCAUAGCGGUGUUUACUUUCUAUUCACUCGUCACAUAUAGACAACAGUCGAAACGUGAACUCGGUCUGUUACCGAAAGAUAAAGACAAGCUUAUGUUUCCAGAAGUGUCUCGAAAAGAAGCUGAUUUAGAUAUGAUUUACUGCAUUAAAUAUUUAAUAAACUAUGGUUUCUAUAAGUUCGGUGUCGAGAUAACCCUGAUGUGCCUGAUGGGCGUGAUCGGUUCCCGAAUGGACGUAUACGCAGUGGUGUACGCAGGCUGGCUACUCGCGCUCGUGUCGCUGCGCCGCGCUCGUCAGGCCCGUCUGUGGCCCGCCUUCUGCGUGUGCGUCACGGUGCUAGUACCCGCACAGUACCUGCUCGCCGUCGGUUUCCUGCCGCAGUUCUGCAUCGACUACCCGUGGAGUGGGGACGGCCAGCAAAUGAAACACAUUCGGACAUGGCUAUUUCUCCCAUACGCUGCCGAGCCGCCGCACGCAAUGAAACUGGUUUUCGAUUACUUCCUGCUGCUGUUCGCCACGCGGCAGUUACGGGUGUUCCAAAUAGAAAAGAACCAGGGUGAAUCAUAUCCUGGUGGAUCCAAUAGCGAGAAUAUAGGCAAAGAUUGGGAGACACCCAACUUUGUUAAUCCCGUGCCAGAUUUUCUUAGCAACGUUAGCACUUGGUUGGAUGUGUUGAAGCGUAUGGUCUUCCUCGGCAUGCUGUGGGUAACGCUCGCCAUUAUGUUUAUGACGGGCACUAAUCGGGUGAACCUGUUCUCAAUGGGCUACCUUAUAGGUUCAUUCAUUUUCCUUUGGCAAGGGACAGACUUCUAUUUGAGACCCAAAGAAGCUAUUUUACAAUGGUGGUCAUGGUUACUACGGUACAACGUGUCAGUGGUAGUGGUCAAAACAUUACUGCAGAUCCCGGGUUGCAUCUUUAGCACAGUAAUGCAAAAUCAUGCAUGCUGGCUCGUGCAACUACUCGGUAUAGGAUGCGUCGACAAAUUUGCUGGUGGCAAUAUAGCUAGGUUCCUCAAGAUGGAUUACAAUAAGGAAGCGACAUGUUCGGUUCCGCAAGAAGACAUCGGGCUCGCGUGGGACGGCGUCUGCUUUGCUUUCCUCAUACUACAGCGACGGCUAUUCCACAGCUACUACUUCUACAGAGUCAUAGAUGAGAGCAAAGCCACCACUGUACUAGCAUCCAGAGGUGCUGAAUUGAUGGAAGAGUUACGGCAAAAACAAAUGCUGGUGCAAGAGGAACAGGAAGUAAAGAUAUUGGAAAAGAUAAAAGUCAAAAUGGAAAGGAUAAAGGCGAAUCAAAAAAAGAUACAGGGGGCCAUGACUAAAGAACCUCAUCAGCAUGACACAGGAACUGAAUCAAGUCCAAUUAGGCAUCGGGUAUUCACGAGGAGACAUGAAGCGCGAGACAGACCACCGUAUAAGCAGCCCGCCAGCCACCAGAAGGCUGUGCGUUCCGGUGACUACUACAUGUUUGAUGAGUUCGAUGACACCGAAGUGCCUUUGAAGGAUGAGGACUCUAGUUCCGACGAAGACGCGCCUAAAGAAAUGGGCUUCGGAAAGCUGCUGUCGACGGCCAUCAAGACGGAUUUAAAGCGCGCAGUGUCGAUGCGACGCGCGUCCGCACCCGCAGUCCGCUCCGCCCGCAGACUCUCACUCAGCAGCUAUCCACUCUCCUAUCCGCCCGAGUUACAGAUGCGUCGUCGGUCUUCACAAGCGGAUAUAACGCAAGCCGACGUGAAUCUGCCCAUGUCUGAACGGGAUCAGGAUCGGGAACGGGACCGGGACCGGGACGGACAGGCCUCGGAACUAGAUGAUUAUACUGCGGUGCCCGAACAAGAAACAUGGUUUGACAAGCUGAAACAUUAUGUGGAGACGGCGUGGGCGUUCAUAUCGAGCUUCCUAAUAUCACUGACGCGUCACCUAAUGAAGUACUCACGUGAUUACCGAUACGUGUCGCGGACGCUGUCUAUCGAAAAGAGGAUACUAAAGGAGAAAGAAGGUUUCGGCAUAGGUUUGAGAGAAGGUUCACAAAUGAUAUGGGAGCCGUUACCUGAAACAUUGGUCCAUCAUAAGGACGUCACGAUGUUGGAAGAGCAAGAUGACUCUAUGUUCAAGCAAGGCAGAUCGCCGGUUGUGUACUUGGCUUACGCCAUCUGGUAUGCCGUACUCGCGCAUACAGACAUCGUGUGUUACAUUACAGUGUUCAUCAAUCAAAUUCAAUCGGCAACUAUACUCUCUAUCCCAUUGCCACUGAUGGUUUUCUUAUGGGGGACCUUGACUAUACCGAGACCUACUAAAACGUUCUGGGUUACACUGAUCGCCUACACUGAGGUGAUCGUCCUGAUCAAGAGCAUGUUCCAAUUUGAAAUCCUGCCAUGGAAUCAAAAAGCGAUCCCGGCAAAUAUGCCGUUCACCGCACCACGGAUCAUCGGCAUUGAGAGGAAAAGUAACUACGCGCUGUAUGACUUAUUGUUGCUGCUAAUCAUAUUCUUACACAGAUUCAUGCUAAAGUCACUGGGUCUGUGGAAGGAGUCGACCCCGGAGAUUGAGCUGCGCGAGGACAUGGAGUACCAGCUGAGUGCUGAGGACACGCAGCUGGUGGCCGACGGCCGCGCCGCAGACGUCGGCCGCAAGUACGUGCAGCUCCACGACACCACCGGACCGGACGAAGAAACAGAAGCAGAGCCGAAUGGCUCAAUAUCGCAGGCGGAGCGUGAGGUAAAAAUCGUAGGGAAGCAUGACCGCGAGGUAGUUCUCGCUGAACAACGUGACCACAAGCAAGAUGGACUCGAGGCGGGUCCCUCCAAGCAGGACGACGACCAUUACAAAGUAAACGACGACCAAGAACCAAUAAUAGCAGUCACUACAACAAUGGAGGAUACAUACAAACACUAUCCUACAGUGAUUAUGUUAUCUAUAAAACGCUAUUUACGUCCGACGCAUCGGUUCUUCAAACGUAUGCUAGCACCGGGUGCGCGCGUUACCGCAGACGUCUACGCCUACAUGUUUCUUUGCGACUUCUUCAAUUUUCUCGUCGUUAUAUUUGGAUUUGCAGCUUUUGGGACGCACCAAGGCGAUGGUGGCGUCCAGGCGUACCUCGAAGAGAACAAAGUCCCUAUCCCGUUCCUGGUGAUGUUGAUCCUGCAGUUUGGCCUUAUCAUCAUCGACCGCGCGCUCUACUUGCGGAAGUUCAUGCUCGGCAAAAUACUGUUCCAGUACGCACUAAUUAUAGGAGUGCACGUGUGGAUGUUCUUCGUGCUACCGUUCAUCACUGAGAGAACCUUCAACGCCUUGCUGCCGCCUCCAAUGUGGUACAUGAUGAAGUGCAUAUAUCAUUUUACUACUAUUUUUCAAUUGAUCCCUGGAUAUCCACGGCGAAUAAUUGGCAAUUUCCUCUGCAAGUCAUAUCACUUCCUCAAUAUGUUAUUCUUCAGAGGCUUUAUGGCUGUACCGUUUGUGUUCGAGCUUCGCACGCUAAUGGACUGGAUAUGGACCGACACAUCUAUGACGUUAAUGGAUUGGCUCAAAAUGGAGGAUAUAUUUGCAAGCGUGUUUUUGCUUAAGUGUUCACGGUACAUGGAGGAUGAAUACCCGCAACCCCGCGGUAUGAAGAAAUCGAGUACGUCCAAAUACUUGCUCGGAGGCGGCGUGCUCGCCUUCGUGAUCGCUAUUAUAUGGUUCCCAUUAGUGUUCUUCGCGUUCGGCAACUCGGUUGGAGAACCAAACCCGCCGACAGAUGUCACUGUGAAGAUACGCAUUGGACCAUUCCUCCCUGUCUACCAGAUGUCAGCGCAAUCCCACAAUAUUGAUCUUUUCACAGAGCAGGACUACACGCAACUGAGCAAUUUGUACGCUCGCGACCGCACCGCGCAGACGUUCCUCUCCAACUAUAUGUACAACGACAUCGCAGUCGUCACGAUCAAUCCCAAUUCGACCAUGAAGUGGGAGAUCUCCCCGCCGGAACUCGACCGACUUGAACGAGAGGCAAUGUCCAAUGCCUCCCUAUUGGUGAAGUUCACCUUCGUGAUCACUCACCCAACGAACGCUGUGCCGAACCCGCCCACCAUCGAAGAUCACCGCGAAGUGGCACUCGAUGCCUUCGUAGAUAAUAAACCCAAUCCACAGAGAGAAACGCUGCUGAAACUACUCUCCGGAACAGCUGAGCCAGAUGCAUGGUUGCAUGUGAAAAAAAUGUUCCCUAAGUUUGUCAAAGUAUUCAACAAGGGAACAGCCAAAGCGGCGUAUCAGCUGAUGCCCGAAGUACCUGACGACCCCGACGAAGACGCACGGUUGUUCCGCGACGUGCAACUCCGUCUAGAAAGAGACACUAAUGGCAUGUACUGGCGAGUACGCGAGUACUGCAAACCAGGGCAGGACCCGUUAACAUCGAUUCCAAUGAACAAUUGCAACAUGCUGGUCAUGUACACUUUCAAUGACAAACUGUUCCCCGAGACAUUAAACUUUAUUUCUGGCAGUGGAAUCAUCGGCUUGUAUACCACAUUUGUGUUCUUGGCGUCUCGGGUUCUUCGAGGCUUCUUCUCUGGCAUUUACACAAAGAUAAUGUUCGACGACUUACCGAACGUCGACAGGGUUCUGCAGCUUUGUCUAGAUAUUUAUUUGGUGCGUGAGGCUCUGGAGUUGGCUCUCGAAGAGGAUCUAUUUGCAAAACUGGUGUUCUUAUACAGAUCACCUGAAACUAUGAUAAAGUGGAGUCGACCCAAGGAAGAGGACACCGAAGAGCAAAGGGCACUGCCACCGUCGCGUUGAUUUGUUUUGAAUAUACCUAGUCAAUAUAACUUACAGAUGGUGUGCUUCCCACCCCUUUUGUUAUUCCACAGUUAUCUAUUCUAUAAUCUGUAAGCAUUUCGUGCUAACGUUUUUAUAAAAGGUACCUUAGUUAAAUGGCGCUAGUGUUGGUAUUACCUUAUUAUUUGUAUGCCGUGUGAUAACAAAAGGAGCUCGAUUAGCUUCUCUAGAUAGAGUACAUUUCUAUUAGCGUUAUAGCUAAUAGAAAAAUCCCAACGGCAUGAAAUCAACAUGGAAAACGAAUACUCGAGCUGCGUAACUACAUUCUUAAUUUGAACAUCAUGCUAGUCAUGUCGUUAAUAAAAAUGUACUUUAUAAGACUGAAGACAGUUUAAACACGAAUAUUUAUACACGAGUUACUGUCUUACAUACAAUAAUACCUUAUGGUAUAGCCCAGUAUACGUUUACAUACACGGGUUGCGUCUAUAUAUAGUUAUAUAUAAAUUUUACAAGACUAAAGGCAUUGCAUCGAGAUCCCUGCACUUUGCAGUUGCGUAGUUAGAUACGUAAGUUGUACAGACAUAUUUAAAGUUAAUUUAAGAAUAACUCAAUUAUAUUGGGAACUUGUUACACAAUUGAUUAUAAAAUUAUGGAAGUACCUAAUUAUAAAAUAUGAAAUGAAAUAUCGAUACGCACACUUUUAAUGUCUUUGUGUAGUAGAUAUACCUAAUUUUGCAGUUUCUAUAUUCCUAUUUUUGGCUUAGUGUUUAAUAUUUCAAUGCAAUUACUUACAAAUUAAUUAUAUUUAUACAAUUAGGUAGCUUACACCAUAGUUAUAAUAUAUAUAUUAUUUAAUUUGAAUAAAAAAUAAGGCCGAUUGUAUAUAUAUAUAUAUAUGUAGUUCCAAUUGUAUAUACCUGCAAAAUGUUGUUUCCUGGAAUAGAAAAAUUUACAAGUUAUAUAAUUUAUUUGUUUAUACCAUAUCUCGGAAAAAUACCUUUACCGUUCGUUGACCAAGAUAUUAUUAUGCUCUCUUCAUUUACCGGUAUGGUUUAUUUUAAUUUAAAAUUAAUGAGAUCUUAUCUUAUUGAAUCUACUAUACUUUUAUUUACAAAAAUUUUUAAUUAUAUAAAAUUGCUUAGUAAAUUUCUUUGAAAGGUUAUGCUUGUUAUGAAUAUGGGGGUAAAAAAGAGGUCGGGGCCGUUACAUAAAAAUUAGUAUAAUAAAAAAACUUUAUAUUGAAUGAAUAACAUUUAUUAAAGGGAUAAAAUCUAGCCUAAUUUAUAGUACUUAAAAUAAACGCAUACAUUUGUUUAAAGAAAAGUAUUUUCAGAAAUAUAAAAAAAUAUUCAAAUAAUUUCAUAAGAGUCCCGAACGUGGUAUUUUCAAUAUAUUCGUUAAAUGACGUCCUAUAGAAAUGAAACUAAGCAAUUAUUAAAUUUAAGGGAUUGUGUUCUUUCCUGAGGCAUAAAAUGGAAGAUUUGAAUGAAUAUCUGAAAUGAAAUUUUAUCUUUUACUUUGGUUCGGGUUACCCUUAUGAAAGGCAUUAUUAUCCUUUUUUACAAAUUAAAAUGUUUUAUUAAAUCAAUAUCGUAUAUUAUUAUUAAAUGAGGAAACACCACUAGUGUUUUAAAUAAACAAAUGAAAUAAUUUGAAGCAAAUUUUAAAUCUUAAGAUAUUGAUGUAAAGAAUGUUUUAGAUGCUACUUGUAAAAUAGGAAGUAAAUAUCUUUUAAUUUUUGUAGGCGUUUCUGUGACAAAAAAUAUGUUCUGAUCUAGGCUUACACUACCUACACAAGCUCACAUUUAAUGCAUUUUUAGGUAAUUACAUACAUUAUGCUCUAUGUUGAUAUUACAGUUAGGCCCGUAACAUUCAAUAAUUGUAAGUACUAAUUAUAGACCAGUCACAUGUUAUUUAAAAGGGCAAAAUUUUAUAUUACACAAAAUAUCUACCUUAUACAAAAAUAUAUAUAUGGAUUACACUUUUAGGUAAUAUUUCGUCAAUUAGCUGGACAAAAUCUGUUUUUAUAGUUGUACAAAUUUCGAGAUAUCAGAUUCUUAUUCCUAUUGGCUGUAACUUGUUAAAACUAUAAAAAAUGUGUUAAAUGUAUUAAUUUACCCUGUUUAUAUUUUAUUGAUAAAUUUUAUAUUUCUGUUACUCAUAACUGUUAUUUAAUGUAUAUAUAAAGAAUAAAUGCACUUCCAUAAUAAUAUAUGAAUGAAAUUUGUUUAAAUAUAUACCUCAAGUCUUAAACAUUGCAUUUGAUAACUUUUUA